ACUGGUCACCCCAGUAACAACACCUCACCCGGCUCAGCUGAUCCCAGGAGCACUACUGCUGGAUACGCUUGUAUACUGUAUACUAAUACCGCCUAAAAAUAUAUAAAAAUAUGGUACAGAAGGAGCUUACAUUGACGACUUCCACAUUGACUACGUUUAUGGCUGUGGCCCUCUCCUUCGGGUUCUUCUGUGGCUACAAAUUCAAAAGCUGGAGGAUAGAGUGGCUCAAGAGGCGUCGUGAGCGGCUGCAGAGGAAGAUACAACAGACACAGGCUGAGAUUGACUUGAUACAGAAGUCUUAGAGCAGAGAUGUUUCUUGUACAAGUAUGGGAACAAAGCUUCUCUUGGGAUGUAAAUACAAGAUGUGUUAAUACUGUACCAAGGCUUUGGGAAGGUGCUGUGUAGUACCAGUAGCAAAGGUGGUGGUAAUAAUGCUCUGACAUUUUAUUUAAAAGAUAUUUGCAUGAAAAUACAUAAUCACGAUAUGUGAUAUUUAUUCCCUUGCCAGUUUUCUGCCCAAUUGUGAAGUAUUGUAAUUAAAUAUUUCUGAAAAAGGCAAAUAAUUGUACCAAUACAGUACAUUAAACACAAGAAAAAACAGUACAGUACAGUACCUGUUUUGGCUUAGACACUGCUGUGCAUAAAAAAGAAUCAAGAUUAUUUCUAGGUACAAAAGAGACAAAAAUAUCCUCUUGAUAAAUAUUCCAUUCAUUUGAAGUCUUAAAAUAACAGAAAUUCAUUCACAUUGACAAGGGUAUACAGUACAGUACAGUACAGUAUACAGUAGUAAUUUUUAAAGCCCACGACUAUAAAGACAAACAUCAGAGGCUGACUGCAUCAAGGAGGAUUAGAAGACAUCAUUAUGGUUGAACCAGUGGUGGUCGUCCAUGGAGGAGCCUGGGCAGUACCAGAGGAAUUAUGGGACGAGAGUCUUCAGGGCGUGAAAGCAGCAGCACGUCGAGGAUAUGGGGUCCUCACAGCAGGAGGGUCAUCAGUGGAUGCAGCAGAAGCCAGUGUAGUGUGUCUGGAAGACAAUCCUGUGUUUGAUGCUGGAACUGGAUCAGUUCUUACCUUUGAUGAACAAGUUGAAAUGGAUGCAAUAAUAAUUGAUGGAACAACGAUGGAGGCUGGAGCAGUUGGUGCUAUUCGUAAUGUGCUGAACCCGGUCAAAGUUGCUCGUUUGGUCAUGGAAAAGACUGAUCAUAUUAUGCUUGUUGGAGAUGGAGCCAACAAGUUUGCUGCAGCUCAUGGUGUUCAAGAAGUAGACCCAGAGGUGCUCAUUACCUCUCUGGCAAGACAGACGUUGGCCAAGUACAAGAAGUACACCAGCACUGUGUAUCAUCUCUUCAACAAAACAGAAAAACCUGAAACAAGUGGACAUGAGACUGUGGGUUGUGUUGUAGUGGACAGGGAGGGCCACACAUCCUGUGCCACAUCAACAGGAGGGAUCACUGCCAAAAUGCCUGGACGAGUUGGUGACACACCGAUAGUGGGCGCAGGUGGCUUCGCUGAUGACCAAGUUGGUGCUGUCUCUACUACUGGGCAUGGUGAAGCUAUCAUGAAAGCUUGCCUGGCCCGCCACAUUACAUCUGUCAUGGGCACAGGUGAGAGUGUCAAAUCCUCUAUCCAAAAUGGCUUGGCCCAUAUGGAGUCACGCAUAAAAGGUUUUGGAGGAGCCAUAGCAGUGUCGUGUAAAGGAGAAGUUGGUACACACUUCUCAACUCCACGUAUGACUUGGGCGUAUAUUCAGGCAGGCAAGCUUCACUAUGGCAUCCAUCCCAAUCAGCAUGUUACAGAAGACCUGUAGCUUUCCCAGCAAACUCAAGAAUUUAUGAGGAACAGCUUAUGAUUUAGUACUAUUAGCAGAUGUAGUUUGUAUUUCAACCGUAGCAUCUUUUUUUCAUUUCAUCACAUUACACCACCAUGCCAGAAAAGCUUUGGACAAAUCAGUUCCAUCUUUUUCUUCUAGUUGAAUAUCUUAAUAUUCUUUUACAUAUAUUUUUGUAAAGUUUCUUGUUUUAUGUAAAGGUAGUGUGGUAUGAAAAUAAGGUAGCUUUAAGUCUAGGAGAAAGUGGAUCACAUUUACCACAAAAUGCCCUCAAACAUCAUCUGCUUGUAUAUUAACACUUCCAGUACAGUACUAAUUAGCAUUACCAGUUGUUCUGUAGCUUCACCCAAAUAUCCUUUUCCCCAUUUCACUUAAUCUCUAAUCUCAUAUACAUAACUUGGGACCAUCCUUCUCACACCAUAGGUUGAAAUGUAAAUUCUGUCUUGAGUGGCUGGUAAGGCUUUAGGGCAAGGAAAGGUAACAUGACAGGAAAAUGGCAAAAGAGUUAUUGUAGUAUCCGCAGUUUCACAAGCAGGAAAAGUUAAGAAUUGGAGACAAUGGCUUUAAAAUUUCGGAGGGAAAGGCUUCAUGUGUUCCAAAAUAAGAUGGGGUAACUAAAUAACAAAUGUAGAGCUUAUAAUUAAUCUUGAUUCUUGAUCACAGAAUCGACCUCUUUUUGUGCCUCAGACCUAUAAUAGGACUUGAUUUAUACAACCUUCUUCCAGCCAUGUAUUUUAUGAACUCAGAAAUGAGCAAACUUUUGUAAUGUUGGUACAGUAUUUUACUCUGCACUAAUCAUCUAUUAAUGAUUGUAGUACAUUUUUAAUUAUAUGAAUAAAGUGGUACUUGAGUGUGACUGGUAACCUUGGGAGGAAAAAAGGAAUAUUGAUUUUGUAGUGUACUGAACUAACAUACAAAAUGCCUUAAUAGGAAAACCAUUAUAAAACACUGAGAGGUACUGUAGUGUGUAAAAUAUUUGCUUAAUACUGUACUGUAGUGGGAACUAAUUCUGGAAUACAAUAUUUGUACAGCACAAAAUAAAAUUUCAAAACAAUG